UGGGUGGUCAUGUGAUGUUUUAAUACCCUGGGAUUUUCUGCCGGGCAUGCUCUGAAUCGCCUCAGUCCAGAAGUAUCUGAGGAGCGCUUGCCUAUUUUCUUGUCCAUCCAGCUACUUUUUUUAUUCUUUGCUUCUUGGGGGAUAUAUUAUUAGGUCAUACUCAUGUCGUCCUACUGGUGGUAGGAUGACGUGUUAGAGCACUGCCCUUUUAUGCCUUGGCUGGAAUAUAUACAUAUACGUGGUGAAAACAGACAGAAGCAAGACGUGGCAUCCGUUGUGCAGGUGCCUGUCCAUUCCAGCCGAGCCUCAGCGUGUUGUAGGCGAUUGCUCCACACAGGAAGACAGGAGUGUAGAAAACAACAAAGAAGAGUGGUGACGUGAAGUGAAGAAGGAAACUAAGAAAGUCAACAUGACGCCAGUAGACCAGCUGGACCAGUAAUGAACACAAUCCAGCUACAAGGAUCUGCACCAAUACACAACAAUCUGCAGAGCUGUGAUUCGAUGAUGAAAGGGAAAGUGAACACUGCUACUGAGAAGAUCAAUCACACUAAAAGUACAAACAUGGUGUCAGAAGUGUCUCAAGAAGUCCAACCUUGUGCACGGACGUCCCGAACACCAAGAAAGACAGCUACAUUUGGGAAGCGCUCCAACUCGAUGCGCAGGAAUCCUAAAGCAGAAGUCUGCAAAGCAGGAUGGCUCUACAAGCAGGCCAGUAGCGGAGUGAAGCAGUGGAACAAGAGGUGGUUUGUCCUCUCUGACAGAUGUCUAUUCUACUAUAAAGAUGAGAAGGAGGACACUGUGCUAGGGAGUUUGCCUCUGCUCAGUUUCAGGAUUGGAGGAGUGCAGCCUUCGGAUAACAUCACCCGCAAGUUUGCCUUUAAGGUGUGGUCGGAAGAGGAAGAGGAACAGGAAGAAAAUGGGGAGUUGAAAGCCCCUGUUGUGUUUUGCGUACAGGCGGAACAUGCUGGAACCAGGACAUAUUAUUUCAGCACAGACAGCUAUGAAGAGCAAAAGGAGUGGAUCACAGCCAUGAGCGAGGCUGCAGAGGUCAACGUUAAUCCAUCCCGCAGAUCAAAUGCGGCUGUCACAGUGGACCAGGCCAUGGUGACAAGAAACACCGAUCCGCAAAUAGAACUGAAACAACAGAUACCACCAAACAAAAAUGACAAUGGGGUAGACAACUUGGAAACGGCCUCUCUGUCAACUCCUUGUUCUGAUCAGGACACAGUGAAGAACAAUGGGAGACAAGAAGACUGUGGAGGAAAAACUGAAGAUGAAGGUGGGGGGCCCGGUAGUGGCCAUUUUCAAACAAACCACAAUCCAAAUGGUUGGAGUAAGCAUUUCCCUCCCAGCUCCACACCCCAAAACUACAACGGUAAACCGCCUCAAUCCCAAAGUCACAGCACUUGUACACCUCAAAGACAUCCCCAAGCGAGUGUCAACUCACCUAAUGACACAAAAGAACAGCACCAGAAUGUGGUGUUGAGGAGGGGUUUUGUUCCCAGAACUGCCCCUGAGAGAGUGGCCCAAAGGAAAAGCUCGAUGGCACAGCUACAGCAUUGGGUCAACCAGCGGCGGGUCAUGGUGUCCCAGGAGGACAUGAACAGUCCAUCCCAUCAUUACCCAGCGAGCCAAGGCUUCAACUACUAUGGCUACUCCAGUGGCCCGCAGUAUUUGGAGGAGUACCCGCUGUACCCACCAGGAGUCCGGCCUGACAGCAUUUGCUCCGUCUCUGCAGUGGGGGGAUAUGACCACCGCUGGACUGUGGAGGAAAAGCGGCACUCACUGAGGGACGGGCCUCACCAGUUUUAUGGUCCACCAACGCCCAGGGACUCUUGGGGACCACAUUACUACAAUGGAGUUGAUAAGUCUAUGAGACGCCUGUCCAUCCAGCCACGUUCCAGGUCUGUGCCCAGGUCACCAUCCUUGUCCUCCCGAGGAGCCUACUCGCCAGUUUCGCACAGCUUUGCCUCACCGGUUCGAUCACCGUCGGCACGGUUUGACCGGUUUUCGGGGAGAAUGAGGGAUGACGUGAUCUACGCCGAUCCGUCUGUCUAUAACCUAAGGAGAUCGCUCAGCUCGCCAAAGUAUGACUACUCUGGUGAUAGGAGGUCCAUAAAUCAAGGACUAUUCCACCACAACUACCCCGUAUCCCCUUCCAUCCACCAUAAAAUGGACGACAUAUUAGAUCUCCAGCUCCAACGCAACUUGGAUUAUUUAGACCAGCAGCUGAAUCUUCAGGUGCUGGAGGGAAGCCGGUUAUUUGGUAUGGUUACCCGAAGGGUGGAGAGGUCCUCCUCUGCAGCAAAGCUCUGCAUACAAGUGCCUCCUUUCCAUGAUGUCUACAGAGAGUUACACCCAACACUGAAGCUAAAUGAAAUCGAAACGAGUAAACUCUUGGGCCGGCUCUGUGAACAGAAUCACAUUGUGAAAGAUCACGAAGCAGUUGUCCACAGAUUACGAAUGGACAAGGACAGCCUCGAGGAGGCGUUGGUGGCUACUCAUCAGGAGAUGGAGAAGUACCAUAACCAGCCUGUGGUCUUGGAAAAGCUACAUAUCAAAAAGGAAACCCUACAAAACCAGCUCAUCAACAUCAGAGGGGAGCUUUCCCAGGCCUCAAAUUCUUUAAAUGCCACUCGUAUGGAAUUUGAAGCUUUAGAAGAUGAGGCCCAUGCCAUUCACGGAGAUCUAUGGGAACAACUUAAUGCAGGCGUCCAGAGCGAAUUGGUUCGAAGGCACAUCCAGAAAGAGUUUUGGAGAGUCCAGGAUGUACUAGAGGGCCUACAUAAGAAUCACUCAUCCAGAGGCACUGAUACAGCAAAGCACAAAGUGGCCAGUGGCGCGUCAGGCUCCUUUAGCACCAAUAGUCCAGCCAGUCCCCUCAGCUCAGUAAGCCUCACCAGCCCUCUCAGCCCUUACUCCCCAGUGCCCGGGUCCCAGGUCUCCCCCUCUAAACAGCUGGGCCCGGAGGAAAGUGCACCCCCAAGACCCCCCCUCCCCAAGUCCUAUUUCCCUUUGGAAUCUUCCACUUCCUUCCCCCCUUCUAUCUCCCCGCUGGCCUUCGACAGCACCAUCUGGCUACGCAACUUGGGCAUCGAUGAUGGUUACUUUGAUGUUGAAGAUUCUCACAUCAGAAAGAUGAAGUUUGGAGAUCAGAACUAUAUGAGUGAUCCACAAGACCAAGGCCCGGAAAGGCAAUCCACCAUGAAUAAUAAAGUUGGUAUUGUCCCUCCAAGAACCAAGUCACCCGCUGACGAUUCAACGAGCUGGUCUGCUGGAAUUUCUCGUCAUAAUGGGAGAAUGCCUAAUGGGAUUUCUAGGGAACGUCCAAAGAGUGCUGUGUUUCCAGCUGAGCUAAGGUCCAAAAUGAGUGUGGAGGAACAAAAUGAAAGGAUCCGACGCAACCAGAGCAGCUCCGUACGAGACAAAAGGAGGAGUCUUAAUCUCUCAGGCGGGCAGUCUCCAGCGAGCUACAAAGUGAUUCGACGGCGGCUCACAGCUCAUGAGAUUGACAUCAAUGAUUUAGAGGCAGCAGUCAGGGGACCGGGACUGGAGUCACCUCGUGAGGAAAUUGCCCGUUUGAGACGGUCACAGGUUGAACCAGAACAUUAUGACCUGGACAUUAACAAAGAGCUAAUGGCUCCAGACAAGGUUAUGAUCCCAGAGCGCUACCUAGAUGUGGAAGAUAACACCCCUCUGAGCCCAGAGGAGCAGAAGGAAAAGCAGAAGAAACUUGAGCGCAUUAAGACCCUGAUUGCCAAAUCCAAUCUGCAAAAUGUUGUUCCUGCCCUGGAUGGCCCUGUCGAAGGUGGAGCACCAGUCAAUUCUCAGCAGCAAUUGCAGGAGCAGGAGAAGCGCAUUGAGAUCUCCUGUGCUCUGGCUGCUGAAGCCUCUCGUCGCAGCCGCCUUCUCUCGGCUCAGUGCGCCCCAGAUCCCCCCACUUCCCCAACCAGCCUGCAUCCUCACCCUUCCUCCGCCAACUUCCCCACCUCCUCAUAAUGAAUGCCUGAAUCGGACCAGCUCAAGCCCUGUCUGCUGUCAAGUUUGAUGGAGCAUCUUUUUGAGGACUUACGGUGUGAAAUUGACAAUGAAGAUUACCUCAAA